AUGGCCGACGCCGCGAAGGCCAACUGCCAGCUUUCCCCCGUCGAAAGCCUCCGCGCCUGCGUCCUCCUCCAGGAAGCCCUCAAGCAACUCGCCUUCAUCGGCCGUUUGGCCCGAAGCCAAAAGGCCGCGCAGCCCGCGGGCCUCGCGGCGGCCCGCGGCGACGAGAUCGUGCGGCUCAUAGCCGAGCAGCAGCAGCAGCAAGACAGACUGCAGGAGCUUGCUGGGGAGCGGGAGUCGCUGGAGUUUGGGGAAAACAAAAUAAAUUUGAAAGCAGCAGAAGCAAAAGAAAAAGAAGCGAACUACUUGAAGCUGCAGCGGGAGCGGCAGCGCAUAGAAGAGCUGCUGCAGCAAACCAUUUCGGAGUUGAAGGAAGGAAACACUUUUAAGGGUUUGCUGGAGGCAGUGGCUCAGGAGAAGCACGCCCAGGAGAGGCUCAACGAGGUUCCCAAACCCUAA